CUUUAAAGAAGUGUUAUAUUUUUAUUAUUUUUUAACUGCAGACAUGUCCUAAUUUCGUCAUGUUUAGGGCGAUUUCGGGAUUUCUUUCCAAUUUAUUGGAUGGGACAGUCAAAGAGGAGGGCAAAAUAAUUAAAAACGAACCAGACAUAACUGAAAAAGAGUCGACAAAUGCAAAUUUAUUUAGCGCACAUGGCGCGAAAUUUGACACGGAUGAGCUCCAAAAAGUCCUUUUUGGAAAGGUGACUAAACUUUAUGAUGAUUCAGGCCUAGUUGAUGAAGAAGUUUAUUUUAAUUUUAAUAAAGUCAUCGGGGGCGUUAAGCCAACCCUAAAUUGUGAAGUUCGAGUUGAGGCAAGCCGAUCAUCAGUGAGGAGUGGCUGGAGGGCAGACAAGGUUGAAAUUAUUAACAAUGACUGGGAUGAAUUUGGUGAUGAUGGAACUGAAGAGAUCCUUAUUGGUGAAAUAACAGAUAUAAAUGAAAAAUAUUUUAUGAUCAGUCAAGAUACAUAUUGUCCAAUGGCAUCUCUUGCUUUUGGCUACACUCCAUGCAGAGGUGACUGGGUGCGGGCUGAGAUUAUCAGGGAUAGAGGGCUUGUAACUGAUGUUAAAGUUGUCAUACCCCUUCGGGAAAAGAGUUUGACUGGAACAGUUACAUCAGUUGGUUGUGGCCAUGGGUAUAUCAAUACGGAUAUAUUUUUCACUUUCGGGUCAUGCAGGCAGAAUUAUGCAGCACGAAAGGGACAUACUGUGAGGGUCACAGCAAUUGAGUCUAACCAAGGCAACUGCAAGUGGAGAGCUCUCAAAGUUGAACCAAGAAUACCUAGGAAAGAUGCAAAUAAUCCAAACAUGGUAAGAAUGGGUACCACACCUGAGAGUAAGUUCACAAAAAUGCUCUUGGAGAAUAAAGCUGAUGUUGCAAUCACAGAUGAAAUCAAUUUUUCUGAUUUGAUUUUUGGUCAGAUUCAAGAAUCUUUUCUUUUAGUAAGAAAUGAUGGUGUCAAUUCUGUAGUUCUUAAGUCCAUUGAUGGAUUGUUAGAAGAUAGCAUCUUCAAAAUAGAUUUUUCUGGGCAAAAAACAAGUGAGAAUGUUUCAACCUAUCACUCUGGUAGACAGGAAUUUGAUGUUAUGAUAAGCCCUAAGAAAUCUGCAGAAUUUAAAGUUACAGUUAACUCAAGAAUGUUGGGGGAAUUUACUCAACUUGUUGUGUUCAACUUUGGCAAUUUUCAAAUUGGUCGUUUUUUCAAAGCAAACGUUCGAGAUGAACAACAAAAUUUGCUGGAUGCAAGGACACCAUACCAUUACCAUAAAAGAAGUGUGGUUUCUGACAAUGACAAGUUGCAAGGAUGGGUUGUUCCUGGAGAAAGAAGAAUGUUUAAACAGAAAACAAUAAACAUUUCUACAAAGCUUGGUAAAUAUGAAGUACCAAGAACACUGAAACGGUGCAUUUUGAAUAAGAUGGAUUUAUGUUGCCUUGUUCCAAGUUUAGCUGAGCCACUCAUAGUCAGAAACUACAAAGAGAGAUUUUCCGCUUUAUUGCAUGCAGAAGAAGUGCAAAUGGAGAUGGAGAUGCGUGAAUUUGAUCUUCAGCAGGUGUCAUUAAAACCUGCUGGAAAACUGUUGAGUCUCGCUGUUCCUGGUUUGGCUGAAGGAAGACCAUCACUUUUGAUUGGUGAUCGAGUGAUCUUGUCCGUUAGCGGCGGCUCCAACAACUCGCCAAGAUACGAAGGCUUCAUCCACGAGGUUCUGGGUACAGAAGUGUUGCUAAAAUUCCACGAGGAUUUUCACGUGACGUACGAUAUGGACUCCUACGAUGUCAUGUUCUUUUUCAACAGAACGCCUCUCAGAAGAUGCCAUAAAGCAGUUGAAACAGCAAAAUUCUUAGCAGAUCAGGUUCUGUUCCCAAACGAAGUUUUAAUUAAGUUACCUCAAGAGUUGGUAAAGAACGACAAAGGUCUGUUCAAUUCAAAACUGAAUGAACGCCAGCGUGCGGCUGUAUCAAGGAUUUUAAUUGGGCAAUGUCGGCCAAUGCCGUACGUGCUCUUUGGACCGCCAGGGACUGGUAAAACUGUUACUCUGGUAGAAGCAAUUUUGCAGAUAUUUCAUCGUAUUCGUUGCAGCCGUAUUUUGGCAUGUGCUCCUUCAAACAGUGCUGCUGAUCUCAUCGCUGAACGUCUCCAUCACAGCGGGGCUGUUUCUGAAGGUGACAUGGUCAGACUAAAUGCGUUUCAGCGGCAACAAAAUCUCCCAGAAGACAUUGAGAACUAUAGCACUAACAUUGACAAACUGGACGUCGCUGCUCAUUAUCGUAUCGUGAUCUGCACCUGCACUACUUCUGGUCAGCUGCAAACACUAGGGCUCGCACCAGGCCAUUUCACGCAUGUCAUCAUUGACGAGGCCGGACAAGCCACAGAACCCGAGAGUUUAGUUCCUAUUUCUUUUCUAACUGGGACCGAAGGUCAGAUAAUUCUUGGCGGUGACCCAUACCAGCUUGGUGCUGUUCUUCGCUCGCCAAUCUCUCAAACAUACGGCCUUAGUAUUUCACUAUUGGAACGGCUCAUGACACGUAUACCUUACCAACGAGAUGAAAGCAAGUUCUCCAAUCACGGCUCUUACGAUCCUCUGCUUGUGACUAAACUAAUCAAUAACUACCGAUCACAUGAAGCGUUACUGGAGUUACCUUCAAGACUGUUUUAUCACUCGGAGAUGGUGACGUGUGCGGAGGAUAGUGUUAAGAAUUCUUUAUGUUGCUGGGACACUCUGCCUAAUAAAAAUGGUUUCCCGAUCCUAUUUCAUGGUAUUAAGGGGGAAGAUCUCCGGGAAGGUAACAGUCCAUCCUGGUUCAAUGCAGUUGAAGCAGUACAAGUCAUAAGAUAUGUUCAAGAACUACGGAAAUUUAAAAAGCAUCCUGUGCAACUUUCGGAUAUUGGCAUCAUCACUCCAUAUAGGAAACAGGUUGAAAAAAUUCGCUUAUUGUUGGAUAGACUGGGCAUGAGUGAAAUAAAAGUUGGUUCAGUAGAAGAAUUCCAGGGCCAAGAGAGACUAGUCAUUAUUAUUUCCACUGUUCGAUCAUGCGAAACCUUGAUUGCAUUUGAUUACACUCACAACAUCGGGUUUCUUAGUAAUCCGAAGAGAUUCAACGUCGCAAUUACAAGAGCUCAAGCAUUAAUGAUCGUCAUUGGCAAUCCGCAUGUCUUGGUGAAGGACAGCAACUGGCGGGCGUUAUUGCAAUAUUGUUUGGAAAAUAAGUCUUAUCUUGGGUGUGAUUUGCCAUUUUUAAAUGAACACAUUGAGAACGAUGAUUGUUUUGAGUCGUGCGAAGAAACCAGACGAAAUGAUGGCCAGGUGGAUGGCGAUUGUGAAAUACACGAGCAUGAUGAAUUUAUCAGGUCACGUAACAUAAACAUCCAACAAAAAGAUACGGUUGAAGGAAUAUUAGGCAAUCAUAUUGAGCGUGACAUGGACCCCCUUAAAAUACAUCACGCUCCAGGUAAUGGUAGGUUAACUGACGAUACUGCUGGUGAUUGUACGAGUGGGAAGAAUGGAAUAGACUGCAAGACAUGCAGCAAUAUUGGGGGUAUUUUAGUGGAAAAGGUGGGCGUGAACGGUAUACCCAUGGAUACGCUGGAAAUUGACAGGGUUGAAAAGUCGAAAGGGGACGCUAGCUGUAAUUCUAUGAAUGAAUUAGUCGUUGAGCGCCCCCGUUCCGGGUCAGCUGUUGAUAGUGAAGGUAUCCUUAUUGAUAAGCUUGGCAUAUGUGAUGAGGAAAUAUCGAAAAGAGAUAAUGCUGGACAUUGUUGUGUGAACAGAUACAGCGAACCCAAGACACUUGAAUCCAAUAGCAUUUUUCGCAGUGAGAUGCUUUGGUCAGGCCACGCCACGAAAUCAUCGGAGUUUUCUUCAGCUAUUAGAAACGACAAGGUUGCUAGAGGAAUAAAUUGCUCUGACAGUGAAACUUCUUCGCGAUCUGUUGUUGAAUGUCAAGAUAAUGAAAGUUCGGACGAGGAUAUUGAAGAAAUUGUGUACAAAGGUGAAAUGGAGUAAAAAAUGCUGGUAAAAAAGUUUAUAAUAUAGACUAUACGAAAGACAAAUAUAUUUAAGUUACUGUUUAUACUGAGGUCACCAUUUAUCCAAGACUUGGACUUAUUAAUGUCUGUUAUAUUAAAAUGUUUCACAGCAUUAAAGAGAUCGAUUAGAAGAUGGUGUUGAUGGAAUGAAUUAAGGAAUCUACUGAGAGACAAAAACGAACUUGAGUGGGUGUAUGAUUUGAAAACUGAUUUAAAUAAUGAAGACAUUUGGGACUCAUCCAACAAACCCUGUUUUAGAGGCAGUUUUAAGUAAAACGAUAACUGAGUGUUUUACAUUAAAUCUUAUCAACCCUCCGGCGAGAAUCCAACCCGCCAUCUCAAACGCGAGAGGCAAUGCCAACGACUCCAACACUGACAAAUCCUGUUUUAUGUACUUAUGUCUCUCCCUCGCCUCCGCUACUGUUCUUCAUCGUCGAGAGCAUGGAAAAUAUAAUAUUUUGUGUUGUGUUGUGUUGUAAUAAUCAUCUGAUUCAUGCAGUAAAACGCUUUCAUUAG